AUGGGCAACCUUGGUGACCUGUCGCCGCAGGGGAGUGUCGCGAUCGGGGUUCUUGUCGGGUUGAUCUCGACUAGCCUCCAGGCGAUCGGACUGACCCUCCAGCGCAAGUCGCAUAUUCUUGAAGAUGAAAAACACCCGUACGAGUUACGGAGACCUCCUUACAAGCGGCGAAGAUGGCAGCUGGGAAUGUUAAUGUUUGUUGUUUCAAAUAUCGUUGGAAGUACAAUCCAGAUCACAACACUUCCGCUUCCUGUGCUUUCGACGCUUCAAGCAUCCGGCCUUGUCUUUAAUACCAUUUUUGCUACGUUAAUCCUCGGCGAAGCCUUUACUCGAUACUCAUUGAUCGGUACCCUUCUGGUGUGUGGCGGCGCAGUUCUGAUCGCAGUCUUUGGUGCUAUCGGGGAGCCAGCGCAUACUCUUGAUCAACUCCUCGAGCUUCUCCGUGGCUGGGGAUUUAUCCUCUGGGUUGCUGCUACAGCUGUGUUGUCAGUAGUUAUUUUCGCCGGAUCGAAACUCCUCAAAGCCAUUACUUCCCCUCGGUCGAAGCACCCUAUACUCCGAAAUUCGUAUACACCACAUCUGAAUAUCACACAUAGCCGUGUUCGACUCAUACGUGGGUUAUGUUACGGGUUGAUAAGCGGCAUUCUCUCCGCGCACUCGUUGCUCUUAGCCAAGUCGGCCGUGGAGCUACUCGUUCGGACAAUCGUGGAUCGCCAUAACCAAUUCAAUCGCUGGCAGUCAUGGAUAAUUCUGCUUUCCAUGAUCGGACUUGCUCUCCUGCAAUUGUACUACCUUCAUCGAGGUCUGAAGCUUUGCAGUACCAGUGUUCUCUACCCGUUCGUCUUCUGCAUUUACAACAUCAUCGCCAUCUUAGACGGUCUAAUAUACUUUCGCCAAAUGUCCCGGCUCACGGGCUUCCAUGCCGGACUCAUCGCAUUAGGUACAGUAGUUCUUCUGGCCGGUGUCCUCUGCCUGUCUUGGCGAUUAGAGGACAUUGACGACCAUGCACCCAUAGCAGUCGCCGGUCCAUCCCAAGCGGCCAUAGGACCCGGAAUGGCCGCUAUUGACGAAAGCACAGAAGCUCCUCUCAGGCUGGAACUAGAGGAUGAGGAAGACCACCUCGGAGAACAAGAACCCUUGCUUCGCCCAACCAACACCUUCCAUGAAUAUCACCGCCAACGAGCACCUAGUCUUCCACUAUACUCAACAGUGUCCAAACGAGCUUCCACCUCCAACAUGGACCCAGCUUCCAUCUGGGCCGAGUUGGAUGAUUCCGACGUGGAAGCAAUAAAUGACACGGAUGCACGAUCCUCUCUCCUCACCCGGUUCUCAGUCGACCCAAUCCAAAACCGCUCGCGGAGCAAAAGCAACGCGCUGCGUCUCCCAUCAGGCUGGGCCCCACGUCGGACUUACCACUCUGUUCAUGAGGCUCGCAACAAACCUCGAAGAACAUCCCUUCCGGGCACCGAGCAUUCCCUUCUCCUCCCCAAACGGCGAACACCAGUCCAACCCACCGCUGCUAAUAAUAGAGGCCAGCAACCCGUCUCCACCGGAUACGGGACUUCCUUCGACACCUCACACAAUUCACUAAUUCCUCAAGAAUCAAAUCAACUACAGGACUCGGAGACAACCCGAGAGCGUCUCCUCGCAGGCUCGAGGAACGCCCUAGGUGUUUUGCGAACCGGCGUACAGUACCUAACUCGUCUAACCCGCACUAGUAGUCCGAGAAGACAAGAGAGAGAGGAACCGUUAGCUUGUGAACGAGAGCCACUCGAUCCGGAAGCAAACCCGAUCAACAGGCAUGUGCCAGACCAAUAG